UUCUUCUUCUUCCCUUCUCUCGCUCUCCUCCUCCUUCUCCUUCCCCUUCUCUGCUAGGGUUUGACGUACGACGGCCGGUGAAGCUCCGAUGCCGGCCGAGUGAAUCUACGACGGGUAUUCCUGUAAAUGUAGCUAUUUUUUUGCCGCAAGCGUAGCUGAGGCCUGAGCCAAAAUUCAAGGUUGAAAUCCCAAUUGCAAAAUAGGAGGGGCAUCUAAACCAUAAACAUUCCAGCUGCCGUUGCCGCUUUCUUGCCCACUUCUUCUCAUUAGAUCAGUCAAUGUCAACCUCAAUUCGCAGCUAACAAAUACCCAUUUUUCAUUUUUGUUUUCCCCAAAGCCCCAAAAAGAUUUUUCAUUUUCAUUUUCAUUUUCUACCAAAGCCCAAAACCCCUGAUUGCCCAAAACAUCAGAAAAUGGCUUCAACGACCUCUCAGCUCACCUACUUCUCUGCCGUCAACCGUCGCCACAACAAUCUCUCUUUCCCAUCCCCAUCUCUUCGUCCUCAGUCAUGGGUUGUCACGGUCCUUGAAUUCAGUUCUGAGGGAAUUGGCAAGACCAAUUUGAACUAUGUGUCCAAUCCGCAAAAAACCCACGUCGGAAGAUUGGAGAAUUCUUAUCCUUCUGAGGAACGAGAGGACGUGAAUUUGGGGACGGUUGAGCAGAAAAGAACAGCCAAGAUCCAUGAUUUUUGCUUUGGCAUUCCCUUUGGUGGGAUCGUUUUAAGUGGAGGGCUUAUUGGUUUUGUGUUUUCGAGAAAUCCCGCUACUCUGACCACUGGUGUGCUUUAUGGCGGAGCUUUGUUAGCCCUUAGCACUCUCAGUUUGAAGAUCUGGAGACGGGGGAAAUCUUCUUUGCCCUACAUUCUAGGACAAGGAGCACUAGCAGCGGCUCUUCUCUGGAAGAACUUUCAGACCUUUUCUUUGACAAAGAAAGUAUUUCCUACGGGCUUUUAUGCUUUUAUUAGUGGUGCAAUGUUGUGCUUCUACUCAUAUGUGCUGCUCUCUGGAGGAAACCCACCACCAAAGAAGUUGAAAUCAUCUCCAAGUGUUGCAUCGUGAUAAAACAGCUCUAAUGAGGUUAGAUUUUACAAAUGUUAAGAAUUUUGUGCCGUCCUGUCUUGUAGUUUCAAAUAAGUUGAGGUCACUGAUGGAUGAAGGAGAAGUUGUAUCGGCCAUGUCAUGCGAACUGGUUAGCUGUUUGUCAAGUAUGUGUUUAAUCAUAUUUAUGUGAAAUCCACAAUAUGUUUUUUUAAAUAACAAUAAACAUGUUGCUUCUCAAGAAAUAAAGCCAUCAUUGACAAACCAACUGGCGUGGUGUGUCAAUAUGUGGAUAGUUACCGGAUUGUGGACUGUUAUAAGAAUAUCAGCUGAGGAAAAGAAACAAUGUGAACUCAAACAUGUGAAAUCUAAUUUAUGUUGCUAUCAUUUUCAUUUGCUA